UUCAAAAAGAAAGUUGUAUAUCAAUUCUUGGAAAAUUCCAUCAAGAAACCAAAAGAAAAAGUCACCCUUUUCCUUCUCAUUCAUAAUAUCUUUGAAAAUUAACACACUUUAAUUUCUUCAUUCCACUUUUUUCUUUGCUCUUUAUUUCCACCCCAUUUCUUGUUUCUUUGGACCUCUAAACACUUUCAAAUUGAAUUACGUUAGUAAUAUUCAAGUGAAGAGAAAAUUAAUUUUGAUGGGGAAUUGUUUUGGAGCUAAGGUUUCUAAAUCUAAUCCUAGUAGUACUAAUCCAAGUUUCUCAGUUAAACAGUUUACUCCAGACACAUCAAAGAAUUAUAGCAAUGGCCUUGGCUAUUCGGCCAUCACGAGUAGCCGCAUUGGACAUGGUCAUUUCUCAACGACUGCAAGUGACGAUAAUACGUGUUUGAAUGGCGGACAGAUAUUGCCGAUUCCAAAUUUAAAGAUUUAUAGUUUUUCUGAUUUGAAGUUGUCCACGAAGAAUUUCAAGUCCGACUCAGUUUUGGGGAUCGGUGGUUUUGGGACGGUGUAUAAAGGAUGGGUUGAUGAGAAGACGCUUGCUCCGGCUAAAGCUGGCAGUGGAAUGAACGUUGCCAUAAAGAAGUUGAACUCCGAGAGCACUCAAGGAUUUGAAGAGUGGCAGUCAGAAGUGAACUUUUUAGGAAGGCUUUCUCAUCCUAACCUUGUUAAGCUACUGGGAUAUUGUACGGAAGACAAGGAACUGUUACUCGUUUAUGAAUUUAUGCCGAAGGGAAGCUUGGAAAACCAUCUUUUCAGAAGGAGUGCCGCUAUUGAACCGCUUUCUUGGGAUUUGCGCCUCAAAAUUGCCAUAGGAGCAGCUCGGGGCUUGGCUUUUUUACAUACUUCAGAAAAGAAAGUCAUUUACAGAGACUUCAAAGCCUCCAACAUACUGCUUGAUGGGAAUUACAAUGCAAAAAUAUCAGAUUUUGGCUUAGCUAAACUGGGGCCUUCCGGUGGAAACUCACACGUAACUACUCGUGUUAUGGGCACAUAUGGUUAUGCUGCUCCAGAAUAUGUUGAAACAGGCCAUCUAUAUAUAAAAAGUGACGUGUAUGGAUUUGGAGUCGUCUUGCUUGAGAUGUUGACGGGCUUACGAUCACUUGACACCAAACGACCAAGCGGACGGCAGAAGUUGGUGGAGUGGGUGAAACGGAUGCUGUCUAAUAAAAGGAAGCUGAAGUCCAUUAUGGACAUUCAUAUGGCAGGCCAAUAUUCUUCAAAAGCAGCAAUGCUUGCUGCUCAAAUCACUCUAAAAUGCCUAGAGGGAGACCCCAAGAAUCGACCUUCAAUGAAAGAAGUAAUGGACGUGUUGGAACAGAUUGAAGCCAUCAAGGAGAAACCAAAAGAAUCCAGAAGCAAAUCCGAGCAUUCUUCUUCUCAUCGCCACCGACAAUCUCCAAGAAGUCGUCAAUCGCCACGUCAGACAAGCGACGGGUCAGGAAAAAGUAUGAAGUGAAGAAAUUGGCCUUAGUUAUGUGUGUAUAAAUCUCAUUUUUUUCUUAUUAGUAUAAGAUCAAGUUAUAUUGUUCACCAUUUUAUGGGCAUUUCAUUUUUGUAACUAAAAUUUUGUGUUGUCUGUCACCUCUGUGUUGCUGGUUGCAUGGCUUUGACUGUAUUGUAAUUUAUUAAAGGUAUUCAUAGAAAGCUUGACACUGAUUUAGCUUCUGUAUUAAGGAAAGUUCAAUAGAGUAAAUUGAAGCAAACCUCCAUUUUA